UGCCGCUGUUGAACCCAUUGAUUCAUUUCGCCUGGCUGUCCAAACUUGAGGCUUGCAAUGCCCACUGCUGUUUGCCCCUGGUGGUGACCCUUCUUCCACACAGCUGUGCACGCAGAGCAACUUUUUCCAGCUCUCUGUCAGCUGGCCCGCAGGGAGGUUUUCAGCUCAGCUCCAGCUUGAUUUCUCAGUGACCCUGCAGCCCAAGCAACAAUGUGGAGCUUUUGGCAAUAGGGUCUUACCAACAAUCUAUUCCUGGUUUUCCACCUUCUUCAUGACAGGGUCGCUCACAGAACCCAAAGCUCACCUACUGACUAGACCAGAAGUCUGCGGAUUCUUCUGCCUCCACGUCUGGGAUUACAGGCAUGCCCCGACGCCCAGCAUUCACACAAGUGCUGUGGAUCCGAACUCAGGACUUCAUGACUGCGGAGCAAGCUCUUCACUCAUGGACCCAUCUCCCCGGCGCCACAUACCGCUCCAGACUGUCACUCAGCGAUGUGGGUCCCCAACACUUUCCAGGAGUUCCAAGGGGCACGUGAUGAGGUCCAGGCACGGGGAUCGAACCUACCUAGACGCGGGCCCUGGUGCUGUGCGCAGGGCAUUCCCGUCCCGGCUCCUCCCUCCCCGUCCCGGCUCCUCCCCGCCCCGGCCGGUGUCGCCGCGCUCUCCAUGGCUCCCGGGUGGCGGCGAUCGUCACUGGCGGCGCUCGCCCUGGUCCUGGCGCUGGCCGGGGGUCCACGGGCUGCCGGAGCGGAGCGGGCCGCCCCGGUGCGGCUGUUCACCGAGGAGGAGCUGGCGCGCUACACCGGCGAGGAGGAGGAACAGCCCAUCUACCUGGCAGUGAAGGGAGUGGUGUUUGAUGUCACUUCUGGGAAGGAGUUUUAUGGACGUGGAGCCCCCUACAAUGCCUUGACUGGGAAGGACUCCACCCGAGGGGUGGCCAAGAUGUCCCUGGAUCCUGCAGACCUCACCCAUGACACUACGGGUCUCACGGCCAAGGAGCUGGCGGCCCUGGACGACGUCUUCACGCAGGUGUACAAAGCCAAGUACCCCAUUGUGGGCUACACGGCCCGGAGGGCCCUCAACGAGGACGGCAGCCCCAACCUGGACUUCAAGCCCGAAGACCAGCCCCACUUCAACAUGAAGGACGAGUUCUGAUGUGCUACGGCAGGCUCUUGGGUGGUGAGGCAGGGGACAGGGGCUAACUGUCCCCAGGAACAGGCUGUAGGAGCCACCCAGGCCCCUGGCUGUGAAGAAAACCGGUGUUAAAGCUGCCAGAGUGACGCCUUUUGUCAUUGUGCGUCACGUGCCGCUUGCAGUCACAGCAGCUGAGUGGUCAACAUGGCAUCGCCAGAGCCUCUGCAACACCACCGCCUGGCGGUGGGGUUAUGAGGGUCUCCGUGUCUUCUGUACUUAUCACAUUUUGUACUAUGAUCAUGUUGAUUUUAUAAGAACAGGAAUAAACUGCUUACUGUUGUAAA